CGCACAAGAGACGUAAGAAACUGGCAACGUUCUGUUAUGGUAAUUAGGUGUUUUUUCAAAGUCCUCACUCCCUUUGAUGUUAGAGAUUUAGUUCUAGUGGACCGAUUAGCACGUGUAUUUGCAUAGUUAGAUGGUUAUAGAAUAACACAUUUAUAAGAAUUCUAUUUCUUUGAUAUAUUUAUUAAACCUAACUAAAGAUGCCUCUUACGCCCGAUCAAAUAAAGUUGAUGGAAGAAAACCGUCGUAAGGCUAUUGAAAAACGUGCUGCUGCAAAACAAACCGAAACGAAUCAAGUAGUUACAAACAACAAUAGAAGCAAUUUUUCUGCUGGGAGUUCAGCUGUUUUAAGACCUCCUACCCCUGCAAUUAACCCAUCAGUUGGAAUAAGUCCUUCAGGUGCUUCUUCGUUUUAUUCAAGACCUCAAUAUUCGGGGGGGAAAUCCACUUGGAACUCUCCAGGUUCUUCUAGUAAAUUUCCACCAAAGAAUGCUAACUCCGGUUCAUCAGCCAGUUCUUCAAGACCUACGGCAACAUUUCAGUUGAUCUCAAGAAGAAAAUUUUGUGUUGAUGCACCAUUUGACAAUGAAAUGAUAGAGAUAUUUAAAAAGUUCCCCACAAAAAGUUAUGAUGGAGUUCUUAGAAGAUGGACUUUUCCCCUUUCUGAUCAUCAAAAGUUGCUGGAGAGCCUUGAUCCAUUGCUAACAAGAUUUCAAUUUCAGCCAUUGCCAAAGUUUGUUUUGGAUAUUUUUAGUAAUGCCCCAUUUGAAAAAACGAUACCUGAAGUUGAUAUAAGCAGCAUAGACCCAAAAUUGUACGAGUCUCUACUUCCAUUCCAAAAACAGGGCAUUUGCUAUGGAAUUCAUUUGCAAGGAAGGAUCCUAAUUGCUGAUGACAUGGGCUUGGGGAAAACUCUGCAGGCAUUAGGUCUUGCACAUUAUUAUCUUGCUGAUUGGCCUUUGCUCAUUUUAACACCAUCUUCAAUGAAAUUUGCCUGGGAUGAAGCAGUUAAAGUAUGGUUACCAAGUGUCCCAUUACAUCAUAUACAAGUUAUUUGCUCAGGAAAGGAUUACAUCGACAAAGAAGUUUCAGUAACAAUUUGCUCAUACGACUUGCUUACAAAGAAACUAGACGAACUAGUAGCAAUGAACUUCAAAACCAUUAUAUUUGAUGAAAGCCACCUCGUAAAAAGCGGAAAAUCAAAACGAACUACCGCUGCAAACUCUGUAAGUGCUGAAGCAAAGAGGGUGAUUCUUCUAUCUGGGACUCCGGCAUUAUCUCGCCCUGAGGAACUGUAUAGCCAGCUACAGAUUUUAGAGAGGAAACCGUUUGGACACUUCCAUGCUUUCGGAUUACGUUAUUGUGAAGCCAAAAAAACAAAAUUCGGAUGGAAUUAUGGUGGAGCAACCAAUAUGAACGAGUUACAACUAAUCCUUGAAGAGAAAUAUUUGAUAAGACGUCUUAAAAGUGAGGUUCUUUCACAGCUGCCAGCAAAACAAAGGCAAAUGGUUGUCCUUGAUCCUAAUGCUGUCAAAUGUCAUUCGCCCUCAAUGGAUACGUUGGCUAAAAACAUGACAAAGGAACAUUCCAAACCAAUGGAAAAACGGGGUGUUCUACUAUCUUACUAUUCCGAAACGGCAAAAGCCAAAAGCAAAGCUGUGUGCGACUAUAUUGCAGACUUAUUGGAGAAUGGCAAGAAAUUCCUCUGUUUUGCUCAUCAUCAAUGCUUGUUAAAUGACAUUAGUCGGUGCAUUGAAGAAAAAUCUAAAGCAGGUUACAUUCGGAUUGAUGGAUCGGUCUCUUCGGACGAGCGGAAGAAGUUAUGUGAUGUUUUUCAAAAUAAGGAAAGUGUUCGGGUCGCUGUGCUAUCGAUCACAGCUGCAAACACUGGAUUAACUUUGACGUCAGCCAAUCUAGUCGUUUUUGCUGAACUGUUUUGGAAUCCCGGUGUCUUAACUCAAGCUGAAGAUCGCGCUCAUCGUAUUGGUCAACGGGAUAGCGUCGUAGUCCAAUAUCUAGUAGCAAGAGAAACUGCCGACGAUUAUCUUUGGCCCCUUGUGCAGAACAAGCUGGAUAUUUUGAGCAAAGCUGGACUCAGUAAAGAUAACUUUCAUGAAGCGGAUACUAGAUAUCUCUCCAAUGCCAAACCGGCCCAGGCUUCCAUUAUUGAUUUCUUGGAAGAAUUGUCGAGUGAGGAUUUGUUGGCACUGGAUGAAGCGGAAAAAAACUACGGCGAACCGGAGAGCAAAAGGUCUAAAGCAAACUAAGGCAAGUUUUCGUUAAAUUCUCAAGUAAGGCAAGAUUUCGUUAAACUCU